AUGGCCUAUGCAGCUCCACCCGCCUCACCGACCGGUCGAGUAGAAACCGAGAUCGAAGACAAUGGAGCGGCAGAAGCGGAUGAAGAAGAAGCUGAGGAUCCGUUGCCAGCCAGCGAAGUGGACGAGGAGUUGGUCCCAGAGCCAAUGGAGAGGGCAACACCCUCCGAGGGCAGCUCGACGGCUCGGACAGCGGACUACACGGUGCCCGAACAAAGCAAAGAGGUUUGGAAGCACUUUGGGUGCGACACCGAGGCUGGGCGCAUGCUACGAAGGCUCUACAAGGGGGCCGCUGCCUCAGCCACACGCAGAGCCUUGUCAGACUGA